AGGCUCCCGCUGCUCCCGCCGCCCACCCGCUGCCUCCGCGCCCCGUCGGGCUCCCGCAGAGCCCCGCGCCGGCCUCGGCCCCUGAGCCCGCAGCCCCCCAGCCAGCGCAGCCCCGCGGCUCCGGGCACAGACGGUCCCUCCUCGCCAUGGCCAUCUCCUCGCGCCUCGCGCUCUGGGAGCAGAAGAUACGGGACGAGGACCGGGGGCCACCCCCAUCUGCCCCCCCCCUGCUCCUGUCUGUCAUUCCUGGGGGGUUCAUCAAGCAGCUUGUGCGGGAGACUGAGAAGGAGGCCAGGGUGGCCAAAAAGAAGAAGGAAACCAAGGCAAGCCUGAAAGAGGAGCCCACGGAGGAGGACAGCAAGGCCAGGGACACCCCAGCCACCAGAGGGGAGGUGGCCAGCCAGGGGCAGCCUCUGCAGAACGGGCUGCACACUGCAGGGCAGGGGGGCGAGGGGGUCCCAGCACCCCCAUGCAAGGAGCUGCCACCAGGAAGGGCUGCACCAGGGACCACCCCCAGCAAAGCCCCAUCCCCUGCCCCCAGCCCAGCAGUGGCUGCCCCCAAACCCGCAGAGAGCCCUCAGCCCGAGGCUUCAAAGGCAGUGAAGGUGUCAAGCCCAGAGAAGAGACCCACAGACCCCUGCCCAGGGGGCAGUCCCCCAUCUCCAGCCCCUGCACUCAGCAAGGAUCCCCAGUGCUGCAGCAAAGUUCCAGCAAAGGAGGGGGACACCAAGAGCACCAAGAAGGAGAAAAGGGUACCCCUGAGCCACCAGCAGCACCCAGACAAGGUGGGAGCAAAGGGGAAGCCAGGGCCAGACACGAGAGAGACUGAGAAGAUGAAGAAAGACAUUGGAGGUGGCAAGAAAGAGCCAAAGGAAAUAAAAAAGCCUGGAAAACCUGCAAACAAGUCAGAGGGGCCCAAGGAAGAGCUGGAAGGAAUCCAUGGAAAGUCAGAAGAUGUGACAGAAGUGGUGGAGAAGGUGAAGGAAAAGAUGGGAGAGAGCAGAGAAGCACCAGGAGAGAGCAAAGAGACAAGUGAGAGCAUGGACAAGGAGCAGGCUCCGGGGGAUGUUUGGUACGAAGCAGACAAGGUCUGGCUCAUCCAGCAGGAUGGAUUCACGCUGGCCACGCAGCUGAAGCCAGACGUGGGGACCCCCGAGCUGCCAGCCGGGAGGGUGCGGGUGCGCCGGGAGGAGGAUGGCAGUGUCACCGAGGUGGAUGAGGACAGCGUGCAGCGGACCAACCCCCCCAGCCUGGAUUACAGCGAGGACCUGGCCGCGCUCCUCAGCCUCAACGAGUGCAGCGUCCUGCACACGCUGCGCCAGCGCUACCGGGCCCGCCUGCCCUGCACCUUCGCCGGGCCCAGCCUGGUGGCCAUCAGGGCCAGCUGGGCUGCCAGCAGCAGCGCGGGGAAGGCGUCCAAGGGGAAGCGGGACAGCGCAGUCCCACACAUCUGCUCCCUGGCACAGAGAGCCUACAGGACCCUGCUGCUGCAGCGGCGGGAUCAGGCCAUCGUGCCCCUGGGGCGCAGCGGGGCCGGAAAGACCGAGACCUGCCAGAGUGCCCUGGAGUACCUGGUGGGCACGGCGGGCAGCCUGGAGGGCAGGGUCUCAGUGGAAAAGAUCAAGGCAAUGUUCACGGUGCUGGGAGCCUUUGGGUCAGUGACCACCAGCCACAGCAGCAGCUCCACACGCUUCUCCAUGGUCCUGUCACUGGAUUUCAGUGCCACCGGCCGGAUAACUGCUGCUCACCUCCAGACCAUGCUGCUGGAGAGGGGCCGUGUUGCCCAGCAGCCCCCCGGGGAGAGCAGCUUCAACGUCUUCCCCCUGAUGCUGGCGGGGCUGGACACGGCAGAGAGGACAAUGCUGCAUUUGCACCAGGUGACUGAGAGCAACUCCUUUGGGAUCAAGCCGUUCUCCAAGCCUGAGGAGAAGCAGAAAGCCUCAGCAGCCUUUGCCCAGCUCCGGGCUGCCAUGGGCACGCUGGGCAUCACGGCGGAGGAGCAGGCGGCCGUCUGGCACCUCUUGGCUGGCAUCUACCACCUGGGAGCUGCUGGUGCCUGUAAAGUUGGCAGGAAGCAGUUCAUGAAAUUUGACAGUGCAGGCAGAGCUGCAGAGGUGCUGGGCUGUGACCUGGAGGAGCUCACCACUGCUGUCUUCAAACACCACCUGAAGCAGAUCCUGGCACAGGUGACAGCACGGAGCAGUCGGCUGCCCCCGGCGGAGGAGAUCCCGGCAGGGCCGAAGAUGACGGGUGUGGAGUGUGUGGAGGGGAUGGCUGCAGGUCUCUAUGAAGAGCUCUUUGCCGCGAUUGUCUCCCUGAUCAACAGGUCGUUCUCCUCCCAGCACCACUCCGUGGCCUCCAUCUCAGUGGUGGACACUCCUGGCUUUCACAACCCGCGGCACCAGCAGGGCGAGCGGGCAGCCACCUUUGAAGAGCUCUGCCACAACUACGUGCAGGAGCGGCUGCAGGCCCUUUUCUAUGAGAAAACCUUCAUUUUGGAGCUGGAGAGAUACAGAGAGGAAAAUGUUGAGGUGUCUUUUGAUCUUCCAGAGCGCUCGCCACUGCCCUUGCUGUCCGUCAUCGACCUGAACUCCUCACAGCUGCAGGGGCUGCCUGGCAGCCCAGGGGCUGAUUGCAAGGGGCUGCUGGGGAUCCUGGAUGAGGAGGUGCUGAUCCCUGGCUCUGGGGACAGCACUGCCUUCGACCGCCUCUGCUGCUACUUCUCCCCGAAGGGACCCGACCAGGAGGGGGACAGCCCCAUGCGCCGGUGCGAGCAGGCGCUGCACUUCGAGCUGUGCCACCAGCUGGGCACCGACCCCGUGCGCUACGACCUGACGGGCUGGGUCAGCAAAGCCAAGUUCAACCUCUCGGCACAAAACGCUGUCCAGGUGCUGCAGCAGUCCAAGCUAGCUGCCGUGCGGGAGCUGGUGGUGCCGUCCCGGCGGCUGCCGCUGUCCCAGGCCGCCCUGCACCGCUCCGCCUGCCUCCGGAAAAGCUUCGCCAGCAGCUUCGCCGCCGUCAGGAAGAGGUCGGUGUGUGCCCAGCUCAAACUGCAGGCGGACGCGCUCAUCAACCUGCUCCGACGGUCCCAGCUGCACUUUGUCCACUGCCUUGUCCCAGGACUGGGGACGGAGGGGACAGACCCUCGGCCCCCCACACCACCUGAGGCAGCCCUGCAGCUGGACAUGCCCACCCUGCGAGCUCAGCUGGAGGGGACCCAGCUCCUGGAUGCCCUUCGCCUGCACCGCAUCGGGUAUGCAGAUCACCUGCUCCUGACUCAGUUCCGAAGGCGUUUCCAGGUCCUGGCUCCAGAUGUCAUGAAGAAGUACACCUCUGCCUAUGAGAUGCCAGAUGAGAGCAAGGCAAUAGAGGAGCUCUUCCAGGCGCUGGAUCUGGAGAAGAGGAGCGUUGCCAUAGGAUGCAGCCAGGUUUUCCUGAAGCCAGGAGUCAUGUUCAGACUGGAGAAGCAGCGUGACAAGCUGAUAGCCCAGAAGAUGACCCUGCUCCAGGCUGCUUGCAAAGGCUUCCUCAGCCGUCAGAAGUUCAAGAGGUUGAAGAUCCAGCGCCUGGCCAUCCGCUGUGUCCAAAAGAACCUGGUGGUCUUCCAGGCAGUCAGACUCUGGCCCUGGUGGCAGCUGCUGAGCCGCGUGCGGCCCUUGCUCAGCGUCAGCCUCGGGGAGGAGCAGCUCCGUGCAAAAGAGGAGGAGCUGGCAGCACUGAGAAGGAAGCUGGAAAAAUCGGAGCAGGCAUGCAGUGAGCUCAGGCAGACUGCAGAGAAGCUGGAGAGCAAGAUCAUGGACCUGACGACGGAGCUGUCGGACGAGCGGUACAAGGGCGAUGCAGCCUGCCAGGCCCUGGAUGGGGAGCGGGCAGAGAGGCUGCGAGGUGCCCGUGAGCUGCAGGAGCUGCAGAGCAAACAUGACCAAGUGCAGAAGAAACUGGAGUUGGUGGAAAAGCAGCUGGAAGAGGCCCAGCAGCUGGUUCAGUUGCGUGAGAUGAAGAUAAGCGGCUCUGGAGGAGGCGAUGAGUGGGAAGUUCGCUUCGACUGCGCUCAGACGGAGAUCACCUUCCUCCGGAAGCGGCUGGCGCAGCUGGAGGAGCGGCUGGAGGCUGAGCUGGGUGCCAGGACCGAGCUGGAGCGAAAGCUCGGCGAGGCGCAGGCAGCGUGCGGGGCGGCCAGGAAGGGGUCCCAGCAGCUGCAGAGGCGGUGCCGGCGGCUGGCGGGGGAGCUGGAGGAUGCACGGGUGCUCGCCGAGAGCCAGCAGAGCCGCAGCCACGAGCUGGAGAAGAGGCAGAAGAAGUUUGACCUGCAGUUAGCCCAGGCCCUGGGGGAGUCUGCCUUUGAGAAGAGCCUCCGGGAAAAAGUGUCACAGGAGAACACCAGCAUCCGAUGGGAGAUGGGCAAGCUUCAGCAGAGCUUGGAGCAGAAGGAGGCAGAGGUGACCAGCCUGGCACAGCGGGUGAGCACACUGGCUGGCCGGGUGCAGGAGCUCAGCACCCCCAGCCCCCGGGACCCCCACACUGUGCCCACACUCAAGAAGCAGCUCUGGGACCUGGAGGCCAGUGCUGCUGAGCAGAAGAAGGAGCUGGAGCGGCAAACAGCUGCUGUUGAUCACCUGGAGCAGCUCCACCAGAGGCUGGAGCUAGAGGUUGAACGGAUGAAGCAGAUCCACCAGAAGGAACUGGAGGACAAGGACGAGGAGCUGGAGGACGUGCGGCAGUCCUGCCAGAGGAGGCUCCGGCAGCUGGAGAUGCAGCUGGAACAGGAGUACGAGGAGAAGCAGACAGUGCUGCAUGAGAAGCAGGACCUGGAAGGGCUCAUCAGCACCCUGUGUGAGCAGAUCGGCCACCGUGACUUCGACGUGGAGAAGCGGCUGCGGCGGGACCUGCGGCGGACCCGCGCCCUGCUGGCCGAUCUGCAGCCGCUGCUGCCGCCCCCCGGGGACCCCGCGCCCAGCGCCCAGGCCCUGCAGCGCCUGCGCCAGCAGUUGGAGGAAAGUGAAGCGAAGUGUGCUGAGGCCCAGAAGUCCCAUCAGAUGGCAGCCCUGGAGCUGGAGAACCUGCACACAGAGCUGGAGACCCUCAACAGAAACAAGACCCUGAUGGAGGAGCAGCUGUACCAGCUCCAGCACGAGCGAGCCGACCUCCUGAAACGCAUCGAUGAGGACCAGGAAGACCUGAACGAACUCAUGGCAAAGCACAAGGCUCUGAUUGCCCAGUCGGCAACAGACAUUGCUCAGAUCCAGGAGCUGCAGAUGCAGGUGGAGGAUGUGAAGAAAGAAAAGCAGAGUCUUCAGGAGAAGCUGCAGGCAGCACAGGCCAGGGCAGCACAGCUGGAGCAGAGCCCAGCCGAGCGCUCCAUCGUCAGCCGGCAGGAAGCCCGUAUCCACACCUUGGAGAGCCAGCUGGACUUCCAGGCCCUGCAGAUGAAGCGCUUUGAGGUGCUGGUGCUGCGCUUGCGAGACAGCAUCAUAAAGAUGGGUGAGGAGCUGGAGAGUGCAGCUGAGUCAGAGGCACGGGAGAAGGAGAACACCAGGUACUACCAGAGGAGGAUGGAGGAGAUGAAGGCUGACAUGGAUGAGCUGGUGCAGAGGGAGCUGGAUUCCAGCCGCCGACGCCUGGAGCUGGAGCAGCAGCUGGCGGAGCUGGCGGGGGCCCGGCAGGUGCUGCAGGGUGACCUGGGGACCUCCAUCCAGCGCAUUGCCCGGCUGCAGGCAGCCCUGGAGGACCUGCAGGUCAGCGACGGCAGCGACACUGAGAGCGUGCAGACGGCGCGGGACUCGCUCUGCUCCCGCAGAGAGACGGACGCCAGCUCCACGCUCAGCCUGGAGCCCACAGAGAGCAUCAGGUCCUGGCUGGGGUUAUCUGUGGGUGGCUCCUCCCCGACAGGGACCAGCGUGGCCGGGAGCCUCUCGGGACAGUCCAUCGACAGCCGCAGCACCCAGGGCUCCAGGGUGAGCAGAGAGAGCAGGGAGGCAGCCCCGAGCAGGCCGGCCUCGUCCCGGGGCAGCGCCCGCCCCAGCGAUGCUGCAGAUCUGGGGAGGAUGGCGAGUCCCGCGCUUGGUGCUAGAAGACGGGAAUUCAGAAAACCUCUGGCAGAAGAAGAGGAGCUGGAGAGCCCCAAAAAACCUGCAGAUAGGGUAGGAGAGACGUCCUCAUCGGUGCUCCCGGAUGGGAAGUUCCCCAGCUCGCAGUCUCCGGGGGUGCCCAGGAGGAGCAGGCUCCCAGCAGCGGCCGGAACAGGGCCCAGCUCCUCGGCUGCCCUCUCCGAGUACGUGGAGGAGCUGCGGCGGCAGCGCGGAGCGGAGCUGGGGCGCCCGGCGCUGGGCGAGGCCUCUCCCCUCCCCAUCUACCGCACCACGGGGGCAGCAGCCCUGCGGCGCUGCCGGGCGUUCCCAGAGGAGGACGAGGAGGAUUCUCCCAGGAAGCUUGAUGGGAGUCAGGUGAAGGAAGGUGAAGGAGCAGAUGCUGGCCUGGUGCGCUCCUGCAGCCUGCGGAGCAUGGCCUCGGAGCCGGCCGAGCCCGCGCGCUCCCCGGCGCUGAAAAGAGCUUCAAAGUUCGGCUCCUAUGACUCCCUCCUGCAAAGCCGGGACGGCUCCAGCCACCGGCCGAGCUCCCUGUCUGCAGGGAUGGAGGUGCUGGGCACGCUGCGGCUCAGCUCCUGGAGGAGCUGCCUGGAGCCAUCGUUGGAAGAUGUGGAGGUGGGAAGGGGCUCUGGGGGGCUCCUGAGCUCUCCAUCCAGCGACGGGCUGGGCGAGGGGCUGGGCAGUGACCCCUUCAGCUGGCGAAUCCCCACCCUUAACUACGAGAGGAGAACCAACGUCGACUUCGAUGACUUCCUCCCGGCCAUUCGCAAAUCCCGCUCCACCAGCAGCCUGGCCAAACCCAGGAGGGACAGAAGGGAUGGCCACCGGCCCCUCACCGUCCGCUUCCAGGAUGAGGCUGUAGCAGGCAGCUCGGCAUCCUCCGAGAUGAAGGGCACAGCCAAGCGCAACCCGGCACCCCAAGAGGACCCUGGGGACCUCUCAGACUCCUCCUCAACCUCUGGCUCCCUCCUCUCCUCCCGGAGUUCCGACAGCAUCAAGCGCCGGCCGCAGCGAGGGGACAGGGAGGGCAAAGCCAGUGCCCAGGGCAGCGCAACGAGCCAGCGGGUGGAGGCAGAAGGGAAGGAAGAUGAUGUCAACAGCAUCAUGAGGAAAUAUCUGGGAAAAGAUUAAGGAAGCACAAUUUGCAUAAUGAAACGUCCCACUUUCUCCAGGCUCUGAUUCCAUGAACUGCAGCAACUCGGCUGGGGAGCCACGGCCGGGCUCCCCGCUUCCCUGCAAGAGCACUGGGUAGGAAAUGAGGAAUUUAAAGACACUGGAAGUGGCUCCCCAGAACUCAUGGGAUGGUUUGAGAGAUGACAAGACUUUUUUUUUUUUUUUUUUUUUAAACAUACGGUGGUUUUUUUGUGCUCCUGUUUCCAUCACUGCAGCUUCACUCAGGGCCAGCCAUGGGGACAAGGGACUUUCUUGUUCUCCUGCAGUUGUUCGACUCAGGAGUUGGUGCUGUAAUUAAAACCCAGUGGCUGCUGUAGGUGCCUGAUCACACACCAUGCUGUGAAGAGCUGGAGGAACACCAAACCCCCUCCUUUUAACCCAGAAGGUGCAGCCCAGAUGUCUCAUCCCACAUAGCACUCCUUAAAAUCAGCCGGACAGCUGAAGGAUGCGUUGGAGUCUGGGUGUGACACCAGCUCUUACAAUUCGGAUGGAUUUGGGUGACUGUUUGGUUUUUACACAAUAAAAUACUUGCUUCUUUGACACAA